AUGGCGGUGUUUCAUAAAGAUCCGUGUGGAGUUAUUUGCGUUUUGAUGACUUACUCUGCGGUGUUAUACGCCGAUUAUUGCCUGGUUGAACACGUUAUUAUCCCCACACUCACAGACAGGUGAGUUUUUGAGAAAUAUCCGUGUCUCUAGGGAAAUAAUUUUAUAAGUUUUGUUGUCUAGAACGCGUUCAUCAAGUUAGACAUGAUUUAGAAAUCGAAAACACUUGCUCAAGCUAUUUGAUCUUCGAUCUUAUAGCAAAAUAUUUUGCAGAGAUACGUUAAUAUAUUGAGCCAUUUUAAUUACUCUGCUCUAUGACUAUGGACAUCGUAUUUUUAAAUUGUAAAAACAGCUGACCGGCCCACAUGAUUUUCGGCUGAACUUCAGAAUACCAGGCCACUUAUUUAGCUUUAUUUAAAACAAGUUUAAUGAAAAACAUGCCUCGUUCUUUAAAGCGUUCCAACAAGUGGUCAGGUACUCUUCAUUUUCAUCUGCUUAUGACUGAAUUUGAACCACUCCAGAAAAUACCAUAACAUACCAUAAUGCUCUUUGUUUGUCAACCCAAAUUUUGCAUAAGCGUUGUUUUCGUAAGUUUCUCUUGGGGCCAUUUUAACUCCCAAGAGAAACUGAAGACAAUGCUUAUGCAAAAUUUUGGAGUGACAAACAAAGAGCAUUAUGAUAUGUUAUGUUAUUUUCACUAGUGGUCAAUUGUUUUUAGUGGUCUAUACCGAUGCAAAUUAGCUAUGCCUAUUUUCUCAACGUCAGAACUCAAAGUGGACUCCACUCUUAUGUCAAACUAUGAAGUAUGAGCACUGCUCACACACUGGCCAAAAUGAAGUUUUAUAGUUAAAAUCCCAUGAUCAGAUAGCCUCUGCCAGGAGGCCAAAAAAGUGUAACUUACGCUAGUCCACUAGCCACAGAAAGUUUAGGUAGGCGAGGACAGGGGAGGUGGGGAGCGCAGGAGAAUAGGAGUUAGGAGGGUUAUGGAAAGCUAGAGUUCUAAAAGGGUGGGAAGUGGGAGAAACAGGAUGAAAAUUAUGAAAAAUGCUUUAUAUUUUUCAGUGAUUUUGUUGCAAAUAGUUAUGGUGAGUCCUGGGACUCAUCUUGUGAAAAAUCAUGAGUCCCUGUCCAUAACCAAGGAGUCCUAAGUUGGAAAUGCUUGGGCCCUUAUGUAACCAGACAGUUAAUCUGGAGACAGAUGCCAAAACUCUUCAUUACAGUUUACUGAAAUUAAAAUUUAGUCCUUUAAUAUAUUUAAAGCACAAAAAAGAGAACUAGAUUAAACAACGGUCACAGAAAUCACGACAUAAAAAUUCCGCCAAAAAAUCUUCAAAUUGAUCGAUCAUUCUUUGCAUCCCACGGGAGGGGAUUUUUUUGUAUCAGGGACAGAGGACGUAGGAUGCAGAGGUAACAAAAUCAUUGUAUUUCAAAAAAAGGCUUAAUAACAGAAAGCCAAAAGAGACUGGAGCCAAGAAUGCAAGGUGCAGAAAGCAGGAGGUUUGGACCCCCUCUCCCCUUAGUUUGUGUCAAAAAUUAAAGGAGACUGGCCCCACACCACACUUACUCUGCCCCCUACCCCUAGAUCAACCCCAGUAGUUACAGGUGUGUAUGAAAGAUCUGGUUUUCCUUGUUAGAUGGUAAAUACAUUUUUUGUCCUCUUUUCUAACUUGCAGUAUCUGGGGUAGCCUACAUGUGUGCAUAUUUAAUGUCAUUGUACUUCUUCUUGCAAUUUCACAUGCCAGAGCAUCAUUUUCUGAUCCAGGUAAGCUCUAGUUAAUCUACGUAAAUCCUUAGAAAUUAAUAUACUCUCACUUGAAGAGUUUUAUUUAUUUGCCAGUAUUUAUUUUUGCCAGUUUAACUCUCCUUGGUUGUAUAAGCUCAUGCAUCUGAUCAAAGAACAAUUGUGGUAUUUCUGAAAAUACAACAACAUUAUUAUAUUUUCAGAAAUACCACAUUGUUUACAUAAAUCUUCUGGCGGAAACGUUUGCUUCCUGGUUGCUGGGUACUUAAUGCAUUAAUUAGAAGAGUACCCAGUAUCAUGUAUAAUACCUAGGAAUUUGAUGUCUUAUUCUAAAACUGCUUUUUAACAUAUACAUGUAGGAAUGGUACUAUAAAUGUUGAAAGCCAUGCCAGAAAGUAACCUCUCCUAGCGGGGAAACAAAAGGGAGGCAGAGCACCCAGUCUUCUUCCUUAGAUUAUCUAUUGCUUACAAGACUAUAACCAUGAUAAAGCACCAUCCUAAUUGCAUCUGUUAUUGAGGUUUCUAUGUUUUCAAUGGCGCCUGGCGGAUCUUAAGCUGCCUUGCACAGUUCUUUUCAGGGGCUUUCUCUGAGUUGGGAACUGAUAUCCAUUUUGUGCCUCACUUUGAAAUUCACUCCAUCACCCUUCCCUGUUGGACGCUUUACUAACUCAACACUUUCGGAUCUUACUUAGGUGUUGUAGCUCGUCCUUCAACAAGUCUGGAUUUCUCAGAAAUUAAUAAAGCAAAAAAUAAACAGAGUCAGGUAUGGUAUAGUAAAUACGAUCAGGAAGAAACUAAUCAUCUCCUGUUCUAUUUAUUAUUAUUAUGAGAUGAUGAUGAUUAUUAUUAUUAACAAAAUUGUGAUGUCUUCCUUUCCUGCUAUCAUGUUUUAAUACAAACAAAUCUUCCUUUGCAACAACCUGUUCUUUGCUGUGUAAAUGUAAAUGUAAAUAUCAUGUUAUCUACUCCCUCAGGGCUUUUCAGGGAUAAUUUACAACACCGGUUGGGGGACUUUGCCAGACUGCUUAAGGUGCAGUUUACAAGUAAUGAAGGAAUGAGUAAUGAUGCCCCCAUACAUUAGUGUGAAAUUGAGAUAGACCACUACACCGGGCACUACGUGCCCUACUCUUUACGAAGAGUGUGUGGGUUCUUUAACGUCCCACAGAUUUUUUAUUACAUGUGCAAGGGCUUGUGAGAUGGGGCCUACAGUUUAUCCUCCUUAUCCCAGAAGAUUGGAAAGUCAAACCAUUUCCAGAUGUUAUUACAAAGGCAGCACUUUCUCCUCAGUUAUUUAAAGACCCUACCUACGGCCUCCUGCUCAGCAGACUGGCGCUUAUCCCAUUCAGCUAACCGGGCGGCUGUCUUGAGCUCAUCACUCAAGAAUCCCUCUUAUCAUUUAGUUUCACCGUAUCACACCUACCCUGUCCCUCGUAGUUCUGUGAGAAAAUCUGUGUAGUGUGUCAUUAUGCUGAAAAUGCUUUGAACAUAUAAAUUUUAUUGAUUGACUGAUCAUUAUAACACUGGGGCAUCAUCUGUGACAAAGAAACACUCCUCAACAUUUUUAGUGAUUAAUAAUUCUGAUGGAUUUAAUUGAUUUUGAGCAUUUUGAGUUUUAAAUAUUUUUUAGGAUGAAAAUGAAUGGACUAUCUGUAUUAAAUGUGAAGCAUAUCGUCCUCCAAGGGCUCAUCACUGUCGGUAGGUCAAAAUAAAAAAUUGUACUACAUUUUUUAACAAAAUACAUCAACUCAACUAAAACCCCUUCGGCAGUGUUUUCAUUGCAUUGCUUAUUUUUAAAGUAUAUUAAUAACAGUCUGACUUUUUUUAUUACACAAAAAUAUUCUUGUGUUUUUAGGUAACAGAAAUCAAUAAUAAUAUUUAUUUAUUGCAUCAUUUUGCUUUUUAGGACGUGUGGAAGAUGUAUUAGAAAAAUGGAUCACCACUGUCCAUGGUAUGUACUGCACUGUGAGGAAAUCAGUGAUUUUGUUUUUCCUGCAUCCCUGGCACAUAGAGAAAUCCCUAAAGAUACAAAAUAAUCAGCAGCAUGUAUCAUGUAGGACCCAAAACGAAAUCAACUGACCUGAGGAUAAUUUUGAAGAAAUCUGUGCAAAUUAGGCCCGGUUCAGACGCUGCUCCACUCAUGUGCUCUCACUCAUGUGCUGAACCUAACUGAUGAAUUAAGUACGGCAAAAGAACGGCAUCUGAAUUAAUUUGGUAUGGUAGCUUUAGUCUGGUGCAUCAAAAGGGUUAAGUUCGACAGUGACUGUCAAAGUGUUGUUGAACUUAACUUGGGCUCAACACAGAGUGGGUCGUCUGAAUCAGAUGUCACGCUAGUGUCGCUCCAGAGUUCAACUUAUUCAGUUAGGUUCAGCUGAUGAUAAGAACGGCGUCUGAACCAGGUCUUACAUACUAGAUGUCUAGAAUUAGAUGUACAUUGGCCUGUCCAAUGCAAUGGGCUACAAUUGGCAAAUAUGGUGAUAAUCACCCUUCUUUCCAUGCUGGGUGUGUAAUCUGUUACACUGUUGAUCAUAAAGAUCUUUCUGAAUAUCACUCAGUUCAGGGUAAGCUCAGACAUUAUCUUUCAAUGACAAAUAAAGCAGGACACCACGUGACUUAUGGUGGACACUUCACAGAGUUAUGCAGAGUGAAAACCUUCACUCACCUUUUUAUUUCUGGAUGAAUGUAGGAGUAAUAAUCUGUAACUAGAAAAGCAAAAUCCCACAUGAUGUUGAUCAAUUUUUCAAUUCCCCUUAUUUCAGUGCCUUUAAGCAGUGUUCAAAAACAUUUUUUUUUUGAAACAUUUGUUACUGUUCAUUAACUGUUAGGUUGAUUUAUGAAUUUACUGACUGUUUUGCUGUGGUUCCAGGAUCAACAAUUGUGUAGGGGAAGCCAACCAGAAGUAUUUUGUUUUGUUUCUUUUCUAUACAGGUAAAUGGUUUUAAACUGCUGUUAAGUUUGGAAAAAAUAUGUGAUCUCAAGUCAGGAAACUUUGAAUCAAUAGUUGUUUUUGUUUUCUGGGAUGUUAAAUAUGACAUUACUAUGCUGUCUGUGCUGAUGAUAUGAGUGCCACAAAAUGAAAUAUUAUUAGUUUUUUUUAGGAGGAGGGGAGUGGUUAGAGAGUGUUAAUACUCUCCUUAACUAGUUAGGAAGUGCUUGAAAAAUUCUGCACCUUGUUCAUUUGUUUGAUGCCAGUUUAUCCAACUAAAUCUUAGCUUAGUAGAUGAAUGGGCCUGGGUCCAUGCAAGACAUCUUGUAACCAAGUUGUUAACCAAGACAAGCAGUCAAUAGCCUUGGGUAAGGAAAUGUGAGAGCUGGUCCAAGGGACAAGCUGCAAUUCAAGUUCUUUUGAGACAUAAAAUGGGAUUUUAGGUAACAAUGAUAUGAUUUCCAUAUGAAAAGACUGUUGAUUAUGUUAAAAAACUUCCUCUGACAACAGAAGGACACCCUGGUUAACCCUUUCUGUGAUCAUCAUCAUUAUCAUCAUCAUUGUCAUCAUCAUCAUCAAGUAAACGCCUAAUAUCUUUGUUUAUGAAUCUCAAUUGAAGAAGCACACCUUGCAGAUUUCCUCCAGUUGUUUCCUGGGGAAGAGGCAGACUUGCACUUGGCAUUAAGUCCAGGGGAACAUAGCAGCUCCAAAACACAAACAAACAAACAAACAAACAAACAAAACAGUAUUAUCUUCUUCUUCUACAGGUCUUGCAUCCCUGUAUUGUAUAAUUCUCACAGCUGUGUCAUGGACCAUGGAAUGUCAUGGUUGUUCAAAGUAUUAUGAAAAGAAAACAAGAUUGUAAGUUUCUUCUAAGUCAGUCAGCUGUUUUCAUAUUAUGGCACUGAAAAAAAAAUCUAAAAGAAGUGGUGAAAAUUUCAAUAGAUAGUUGAGCACAUUACCUGUUAUGUUACCUGUUUAUAAAACUGCAAAUCUGUAAGUUUUUGUGGAUUUUAUUGUGUAAACUUGUGAUUUGAACACUGACAGUUUAUUUUAUGAGAGGACCAUUUUAUACUUUAUAGCCAUACUGACAUUACAUUCAUCAAAACAAAGUGGAUCGAAAGUGUAUGAACAAGAAGUGAAUCUCGUGCUCAAAUUAAUUCAAUACUGUAUUUGCUCAAAAUAAAAUAAUAUUUUAGGACUCAUGAUUAGAAACACGACCAUAUCUUUAUAAACCUGGAAUACACUCUUCUUAAAAGAAGAAUAUCUAUGAUCUGUGAUUAGAAAUGGGCAAUGAAUUCAUUACUUUGUUAUUGUACAUGUACAAUUGUAACAAAGAUCCAUUGUAAGUUCACUUUAAAUGCUGCUUAUUUGACUUAGUGGAUAUUAAGCUCUAAAAAACUAUCCAACUAAAAGAAGACUGUUUGUGUUUUAGAAUCCACACUGUAAUUUUGAUGAUUGAAGGCUGUUUGUUUGGUUUAUUUGUAUUAGCCAUGUUGUGUGACCAGGUGAGUUUGCAAAACCUUGGGUAGCCUGUGCCCUGUGCAAUAAAAAUUUCUUUGUUAGAAUUGGAUUAGUGGAGAGGGGUAAAAGGAAGAUUACCUGUCUUCUUACUCUCCACCUCUUAUUCCAUCAUAUACACCUCAUUUUCACCCCGGACAAAUAAAUGAUGCUUUUACUAUAUUUCAUAGUUAUUUUUGGCUCACUUGUAUUGCUUUAGACUAUGAGUAGUCCCCAUUCUUCCUCAGGGAUAGUAGAGCGAGCGAAACGCAAGCACGCGUGAAAAUCACCUCGCGAGAAAACGUUUCGCUCGCUCUACUAUCCCUGAGGAAAAAUGGGGACUACUCGUAGUCUAGUAUUGCUUCAAAUGCACUUGUGAAUAUUAUCACACGAGGCCAAGUGCUGUGUUCUGAUUUGGUGUUGCAGCUGUUUAGCUCAUCAGCUGAUUUUAUUGUUAAUUUGAUAAAUAAAACUGUGCAUUGUUCUUGCUAAUUUCUUUAAACUGCCUUUAUUCAAAAACUCUUGUGGUAAGUAUCACCGUGUUACUUGUGUAAUGGGAAAAGGUCCAAGUUUCACCAGGGGUACAGAGCACUUUGACUGCAGUGAAGUUGACUGUAAUUACACUCAAUUGUUUAAUAUUUCCAUUACAGUUUUCAGCUAUUAUGGACGACAUGACAGCAGUUGAACAUGUACAGAGACAAAUCAGAGCCAAUCGCAAACCAAGAACGGCUCUCCUUGCUGAAGUGUUUGGCAGAGGUAUGUGCGCGUGUUGUUAAUGUAAAGGUUUAAUAAAUUGAGACCCAUUUUUCUGGGGUGUUGAGUUGUUUGCAGCAAUUUUAGGGCCCGAGGGUUAACCGUUUUUCUCGUAAUUCAAUGUUGCUGUUGCAGGUGCUUAUCUUCUGUGGUUUUGUCCAUGUUCGUCGCCGAGGAAUCUACAAAGAUCGACAGUAGCUUCAGAACGCUAUAACGUCUAA